UGUAGGGUUUUAGGUAAUACAGUUACGCUUGUAUUUUUAUUUAAAUUGUAAUUAAAUUUAACAAACUCUAAGUAACUAAGUAGUUAUUAAGUUAUUCAGGGUGUUCAAGGCAGAAGUGAUGAUGUUGCAUCGUUGGAUGCCAUGUUGAUUGUUGACAGGUGUAGUUCUCUGGUGAUAACAAUAAAAUGGCUGUCAUCUAUUUAGAAUUUGAAUAAAUCCGAAAUUUUUAAUUUUCCGACCAAUAUUCACCGUCGAUUUUGCAUCCCUAUCUUUUGCAAUGGGAGUUCCAGCAUUCUUUCGUUGGCUGAGUCGCAAAUAUCCUUCUGUCAUCGUCCACUGCGUUGAACAAAAAGCUGUUGACGUAAAUGGGGUGCGGGUUCCUACAAAUUCUGCUGAACCCAAUCCUAAUGGUGUGGAAUUUGACAAUUUAUACUUGGACAUGAACGGAAUUAUUCACCCGUGCACUCAUCCAGAAGACCGACCAGCACCACGCAAUGAGGACGAAAUGAUGGUCGCGAUUUUUGAAUGCAUCGACAGGAUUUUCAACAUUGUUAGACCUAGAAAACUUUUAUACAUGGCGAUUGACGGAGUUGCUCCACGCGCGAAAAUGAACCAACAGAGAUCAAGACGUUUUCGCGCCGCCAAAGAAACUGUGGAGAAAAUUAACGAAAUUAAACGAAUUCGGGCAGAAUUGUUAUUGCGAGGAGCGCAAUUGCCGGACGAGAAACCAAAAGAGGAACACUUUGACUCUAAUUGUAUCACACCAGGGACCCCAUUCAUGGCGAGACUUUCAAAUUGCCUACAUUAUUACAUUCACGAGAGGCUGAAUAAUGAUCCAGGAUGGCAAGGAAUUAAAGUUAUUCUCUCAGAUGCCAACGUGCCGGGUGAAGGUGAGCACAAAAUUAUGGAUUUUAUUAGACGCCAGAGGGCGCAACCUGACCACGAUCCAAACACACAACACUGCCUGUGUGGGGCCGAUGCUGACUUAAUCAUGUUAGGUUUGGCUACACAUGAACCUAAUUUUACUAUAAUUAGAGAAGAAUUUAAGCCUAACAAGCCUAAACCUUGUGAAAUUUGUGGCCAAUUGGGGCAUGAAAUGAAAGAUUGUAUAGGUGGAGCAGCUAGUGCUGAAAGUGACACACAAAAAGUGUUUGCAGAAACAGACUAUAUUUUUGUCCGUUUAAACGUUUUAAAAGAGUAUCUUGAAAGAGAAUUACAAAUGCCGAAUUUACCAUUCAAAUAUGAGUUUGAACGGGUUUUAGAUGAUUGGGUUUUUAUGUGUUUUUUUGUUGGAAAUGAUUUUUUGCCGCAUUUGCCGAGUCUGGAAAUUCGGGAAGGUGCCAUUGACCGACUGAUCAGAUUAUAUAAAGAUUGCGUCUAUAAAACAGGGGGCUGGUUGACAAAUAGCGGUGAUGUCAACUUGGAACGCGUUCAAUUAAUUAUGAACGAAUUAGGCAAAGCUGAAGAUGAAAUUUUCAAAACUCGUCAGCAAAAAGAAUUGCAAUUUAAAGCAAGAGAGAAGGCGAAACGACGGAGAAGUGAAGGUUAUAAUCAGUAUAAACCUAACUGGAACUUGGUUAAAAACACGCAGUUUGCUCCCACUGCUUUAGGACAGGUAAAGCCGGUAGUAAACGCUCGUCAGGAAGCGUUUGAAAUACGAAAAGCCGGAAUGCACACUCAAAAUUCGGCGUUAGAAUCGAUGUUAACACCUGUAGGUGGUCAGUCAAGUAGUCGUGGUCAAAAGCGUCCGCAUGACGACGACGAUGAUAGUGACGAUGACCAAGCUCAUGACGAAGUGAGAUUGUGGGAAGAUGGGUUCAAGGAUCGUUAUUACGAAUCUAAAUUUGACGUUAAUUCUAAUAAUUUAGAUUUUCGAAAUAACGUGGCGCUACAUUACGUGAGGGGGUUGUGUUGGGUUUUGCGGUACUAUUACCAGGGGUGUGCUUCAUGGAAGUGGUAUUAUCCAUACCAUUAUGCUCCAUUUGCUUCAGAUUUUGUUCACAUUGCAGGCUUGAGUACUGAAUUUGAAGAAGAUUCGGAACCUUUCCGACCUCUAGAACAAUUAAUGGGUGUUUUUCCGGCCGCUAGUAGUAAACAUGUACCCCAACCAUGGGCAAAAUUAAUGUCAGAUCCUGAAUCACCGAUUAUUGAUUUUUAUCCUGAGGAUUUUAAAAUCGAUUUAAAUGGGAAAAAAUUCGCAUGGCAAGGAGUUGCGUUAUUGCCGUUUGUUAACGAGGAUAGGUUAUUUAAGGCUUUAGCUCCAUAUUAUAAAGAUUUAUCACCUGAGGAAAUUAAGAGGAAUGUGCGUGGAGAUGAUCGAUUGUAUGUUGGGGCCAAAAACGCCGGUUAUAAUCAAAUAAGGCAGUUGUAUGUACAAAAAAUUAGUGUGAAAAUGGAAGUCCACGUUUCCAUACAGGGAAUGCAAGGAACUGUGCUUUUGUCAGAUGAAUGCGUCGACUAUGGAGGUUAUUUGGAUUCUCCAAUCUGCGGUUUAGACGACAUCAUGAACAACAUGGUGUCUUGUGUGAAAUACCGCGAUCCAAAAUAUGAUUCAGGCUUCGUAUUUCUAGCUAAGAGACUAAAAGGAGCGAUCGAUCCGCCUCGAGUUUUAAAACCAACCGAUUUAGACUUUGAAGCAAGCAGAAACUGGAGACCUAUCAUCGGAAUGGUGCCAUCAACAACACGAGCCACUUUAGGCGAGGCUGGACACAGGAUGGUGGGUCAUCAUUUUCCCAAAUCGGGGCCAGGUCCGUACUCGCAAAUCCCUCCGCCGUCUAAUCUGGACAGAAGGAAUAAUUAUUACCAAAAUCGCGGCAAUAAUUAUGGUCACAGUCAAGGAGGGUACUCGAGUUUCAAUCAGGGGCACAACUCCAGGGGGUACCAUAGUGGGUACGACACGGGGUACAACCAAAGGUACAACCGGAACAACUACCAAAAUCGAAGCUACAACCCUGAAAGGAAUGAUCCAAACAGAAGACCUCCAGGUCCUUACAGAGAUGGAUAUCAGGCUUCUAGCUCUAACCCUAACACAAAUAGAUACAGUUACAGGAGGUAGAAAUUAUUAUUUCUGCGUACUUUACAUUUAUACGAUUAUACAAUUUUUCAAUUAGUUGAAAGAAAUAUCUAUUGACUAUCUAUUGCGUUAUUCUAAUCUACAUUUUGUAUAAAUAUGGUUUUGUACCUUUCUAGUAAAGGCUUAAGGACAAGAAUCGUUGUAGUUUAAAAAGUAUGAAAUAAAAAAAAUGAUUUCGA